AAUGUUGUACAGGGGAAGGAUUAGCUAAAAGGGUUCAGGUUAAGGUUAGGGGAAGGGCUGGCUAGCAUGUUGAGUAGUUGCAAAGUAGCUAAAAAGUAGUAAGUAGUUGAAAAGUUGCCGAUUAGCUAAAAUGCUGAAGUUGUCCGUGAUGAGAUUCUCCCAACCAUUGGGGUUGCUAGACAUUCGCGUUGUACGCCCAACCAUCCACCUUAUAUUGUUUUUGCCGUAAGUAGCCAUCUAAUUUGAUUCUCCCGGAUUAUGUUUACAAUAUUAUGUCUAGUCUAUGAGACCAGGCUGUCUAAUAAGGAAAUGAAAGGACAUUCUAUGUGAUCAUUCUUAGUUGAACAAUAACUUAGAGGUGAAGGUAUGUCUGCUGUUUGUGUCCUCAGUCAAGCAGACAGGGGUGACACAUCUUCCAGGUAUGUGGGAUCAGGGAAUUCUUAAAAACAACAAAUGCAGUUAAUCACAAUGAUUUACAUAAAACAUGUCAAAGUAAGAUGUUGCACAAUUUGGUUUAAUGUGUAUCCUAAAAUCACCCUCAAUGAGGUUGUAACGGUAUAAUUCUCUACUUUCUAUUUAAACCCACAAAUCUCAAGUAAUCUAACCAUUGUGUCAAAUCACAACUGUACUGUCUAAAUCACUACUACUGAUUCUUGUGGGCUUAGUUAGAGUAGAUCUUUGAUACCUUUAAAGCUGCAAGGACACCUAAUGCAUUCUGCUGAAGAACUAAUGGGCGCGCUACACAUUCUUUGGGGGAGGGCUCUGGGAUGCUGUUCAAACUGACUGCUGCCUGAAGAAUCAGGAAAUUCAGAAGUGACACACACAUACUGGAACAGCAUUGCAGCUAAUAGACAUUUUGUUGGCUCACACAACACAACCAUGGCUAGCGAAGACAGGGAUAAUAAGACUCCUGAAUGUUUUCCAGUGGAUGACUACAUAAAGAGAUCCUACCUUCCGAUCAUGUAUGGGAUCAUAUUUGUAGUGGGGCUUGUGGGUAACAUCACCUCAAUCAUCAUCUACUUGGUCAGGCUGCGCCCAUGGAAGAGCAGCAGCAUCAUCAUGGUGAACCUUGCCUUGGCAGACCUCCUGUAUGUUCUGUGUCUGCCCUUUCUGGUCCACUACUACAUCCACGACGACUGGAUCAUGGGCGAGGCCAUGUGUCGCAUUGUUCGCUUUAGCUUCCACUUCAACCUGUACGGCAGCAUCCUCUUCCUCACCUGCCUGAGUGUGUUCCGCUAUGUGGUCGUGGUCCACCCGCUGAGGGCAGCCCAGGUGCAGAGGACGAGCUGGGGUGUGAUCGCCUGCCUGGCUGUGUGGUUCAUAUCUGUGUUGGAGAUUAUACCCAUGGUCCACAUGAUCACUGUGAAGAAGACUGAGAACAAUAUGACGUCAUGCCUGGAUUUUGCUAGUAAUGAUCCAGAAGAGGUGUGGGUCUAUGGCUGGCUACUCACUGUCCUGGGCUACCUACUCCCCCUAGUGGUGGUGUGCCUGAGUUACAUCCGUGUUGCAUGUGAGCUGGCCGGUGGGCCACAUGAGGGCCGUCCGAACAGGGUGCGUGCCCGCAGGAUGACUGUGCUGAUCCUGGUUGUGUUUGUGCUAUGCUUCACACCCUUCCACAUCCUCCGUGCCCUGCGGGUGUACACCCAGAUGGAAGCCCAAAGGCCGUUGCCCUGUAUGCUGCUGAUAGGGGUCAAUGCAGCCUACACCAUCUCCAGACCCCUGGCAGGGCUCAACACCUUCUUCAACCUGGCUCUGUACACUCUGGCUGGAGACAGGUUCCACCAGGCGGUCCUUGGCCUCCUCCGCUGGAGACCGCAGUUUCUCAAGACCAAGAGGCCCAUCAUGGUGGCAGUGAUCGGCCAACCAGGCAGAAACAGUAUGUCACAGGCGAACGUGCUAAAGAGCUGAGUCAAAAUACUACACAACAUUUUGUAUACAUAUGCUUGAUUUACUUCAUUUCAAAACACAGAAGUCUAUUUUUUGGUGUUGACAAAAAUAACUAUGUCCUUUUUACUACUUACUAACUUAGUAACUUACAAAUGCACUGCUCGCCUUUGAGUAACUUUAUUAGGUGCUGUCUUUCUAGGGUGACCAUGUUUCUGAACGUUACUGAUAUUGUCGAAAUGUUUGUGCCAUAAAACUGGUUCUGUCAACUGCCGUGCAAGAUAAAUCACAGCAGGGUGCUCUUAUCUUGAGUAGACUGGAUUCAGUAGGGAAAUGCUAGGUUUCUGGGUCAGUCUUUAAUUGACAAUACAUUGCAUUAUAACAAGCUGUACAAUCAUACAACAUAUAAUCAUGUUAAGAAUUAAACGUGUUAAUCGCUGUCAGUAAAUAUUGGACUUGUAUUUGAUUUGAUUGAACCUUUAUUUGAUCAGGGGGGUCAUACUGAGACCAAUGUCUCUUUUACAGAUGAGCCCUGAAUUACAUCAAUUACAGAACAUACACACAUCAAAAUAUAAAUACAAAACCUCAAGCAGAAAGAAAAACAUCUUCAUCAAAUGCAAAACACAUUCAUCAUUAAUAAGAUCCUCAAUCAUCUUUCUGAAUUGCCCUCGAGGCACCAGGACAUCACAUUUAAGAACAGCGAAGACUUACAAUGUUGGACUUAAAUAUUGUCUCAAAACAUUGGACCGAGGAUAGAACACUGUCAUCUAUGAUCUAGCUAUAGAGUCAUAGAUUUAAUAAGAAUGUCAGACUUCGCUGCAGGUGAUUGCUUAGAACAGAUGUGAACCUUUUCCUUUCAUACGGCUGGCACUCGAGUGGGGCACAAUUAGUAGAAAAGCUCAGAAAGCUUUCACAAUAGAAUAAUAAUAAUCAGUUAUUUAGGGAAGAAAUAGAGUAUAUAUGUACGACAAUGGGUUUUACAUGACAUUAUAUCCUGAUAGUGUAACGAUCCGUUUGUGGAGGUGGACAACUGUUUCUUCACAUCAGCCAACAGUAAAAAAAAUCAACAGUGAUUUCACAUUUCACUAAAGGUGCCUGUCUGUACACAAUAAUAAUCCAGACAUCUGAACUUCCUCAAACAAACCCAGCAGGAUUGGUACCACAAAGCAGGAGCAUAUAAAAUAAUACAGUACAUGUUAUGUUACCUGUCUGAGAAGCUAUUCUCCUUGUUUGUGGGUAUGAGUCAUUUUCCUUCCUCAUACCACAGCUAGGAGGAAAUAAGCGGGAUCUAUCGGGAGUAGACUAGACAGCAGAGUCUGUCUGUCUGUCUGUCUGUCUGUCUGGUGGUUCCUGUCUGGUGGUUCCACUUUUUUUUGCAAUAAAAUGAAUGAGCUUUUUGAAAGAAGAUGAGUCUUCAUUCAUUCAACUUAUUAACUGCACUAUGUUGAGAGUCAGGGCAAUUUCCUGCAUAGAGAGAAGCUUGUAUUAGGCAGGUAAUAGUCCAAUCAGUGUCUUGUAAGCAGACCAAUA